AUGGCGUCGACCAGGCUCUCGACAGACUCCCUCAUCUUUCCAGUCAUGACAUGCAUACUCCUUUUGCCGACUGCGCUGCUCUGGAGCUGGGAAAGCCAGACGACAACCCAUAAGACCGAUUUCAGCACUCUCAUUGGGGCCUACCUCAUCACUGGCACGAUAGGGAUGGCCAUGGCCAUGACCGCCCAAGGCAUCCUCUCAUAUCUCGUGGCAUUCAUCAUAUUUCGCGAAAAUGCAAAAGAAUACAUCAAGGAAUUCACCAUGCCGGAAGACAAGAUCAAAGAUGCGGCCCACCGUGCUAAGCGGCGAGAAAUGUCCUCGCGGUGGUCGUACAGAUUCUUUCUGGUCAUCUUCUGUUUCGUAAUGGCCGGCGUGAUCGAAGAGGGUCUCAAAUACCUGGCAUUGAUGUGCGCCUCCAGAUACGGCACCGUCACCCACGACCGAGAUUACCUGGUCAUUCCUGCCGCGGCCGGCGUCGGCUUCGCGACGAUCGAGAACAUCGCAUACGUGUACGGUUCAUACGAGAACAACGAAUCACCUCUCAAACUUGCCAUCACCAUUCUGGAAAGAACGCUCGUUGGAAUCCCUGGGCACUCCAUGACGGCAGCUCUCAUCGGCGUCAACGUGUUGGCGAGGGACGUGCGAGGAAUACCGAUGUCACUGCCACAAAUUCUGGGAGUGCUGGUUCUGUUUCAUGGUUGCUCUGACCUUGUGUUGUUCCUUGCGAGUGCGUACGAAGGGAACGUAGGGUGGGUUCAUCCACGUAAAACCUCCACCAUAUGUGUCGGGCUUGGUUUGGUGAUUGGCAUUCAAGCGGUACUUGCUGGGCUGUUGAGGAGUAGGAUGCUUGAACUUCAGGUAGCCUACUGA